GCCUUUAUAGCUUUCUUGUUCGAAUGGACAGUGGGACAGAAGAAAUCCCUUCGCAGUCUCUUGCAGAAUUCGGUCUGUGAAGAAGGACAGCAUCUGCUUUUUUAUUGUUUUAGCUCCUUCAUACAAAUGAUGAGUGUUUCGUUGACAGUACGACUCCCUUCACAGUCUCUUGAAAAUCGGUCUGCAAGAGAAGGAUAUCAUCGGGCCUGUGGAAAAGUGUACGCAACGACGGGUUUGACUGUCGCAUCCUGUACCAGCACUAUCGGAGAUUCCGGAAUCCAAACCAACAUUCACAUGUACGCCGAAUGUGGCUCCAACUUGCACGAUAAUAUCAAACGACCCGCGGGAGUGCUUCUUCCUGUCCGAUGACUCGAGCAUGACGCUCUCCUAGUCUCUGCCCCUGGAAUCGACAUCCGCGACGAAGAAUUUCCUUUCAUGUUUAUGUGCGCUCCGCCUGGUGCACGCUCGUCUUUAACGCGUUCCGUGCCUUCUAACGGUGACACCGCAGUGCCCUUUCCCCGACGGUCGAAGCAUGCAGGCACAUCCGACACUAGCAAACAAGGCGACCACGUGGACUAUAUCCACCGCCCCCUACACGACACCACGAACGAGGCUCAUGUUACUCUCAUCCUCCCGGCAGAACCAGUCCAACGAUGGCCUCUGCUCUCCUACCAAUUCUCUGAUUCCUCUUGGUUGCGUGCCACUUCCGUGGACCUGCAGACCAUUCUCGCUUUUCAUUUCCGCUCCCUGCAAAAUUUUGUACGACGAUCCGCGCUCGGGGACGUUUGA